CUGGUACAGUUGAAAGUGAUCAAUAACUUCUUGUACGGAGAUAAUAAGGAUAAAAUUUCAAAGCAAUAAAAUUUCAUAUAUAAGAAAAAACAAUCUGCAAAAAUGGCAAAUAAUAUGUCAAUGUUCAAAAAUAAUCCUUAUAAUCCCGGUUCACAAAUUUUAUACGAUCCCGUAUAUAAAAAGCCACUGAAAGAGGUUCUUAUCGAUAUCAAAGGUGGUAAAGAUAGUACCGCUUUAGUACGAGAAGUUAUUGAACUUUGUUUAGCAAUCGAUCAACAUGGGCAAGCUAAUGACGUUCAACCACAUCGUAAAUUUAUAACAUUCGGUGGUCUUUUCGAUGUAUAUAAUUACUUAUCAAGUAAAUUUUUAAGCAUUCUGGUAAAAGCACGGAAACAUGGGCUUGUUUAUUUUGAAGGAGAAAUGUUAUAUCAGGGCAGAGAUGAUGAUGUUCCAAUAUUUUUGGUGAGAAAUGCUGAAGAAAUAAAAAGGGAACAGAAAGCUUUGGAAGAUCAAGUUGCUAAAGAUUUAUCGGAAAAAAGUAAAUUACCCUUAAGUACAACAAUGCUAUUAGCUAAAGGCAAACAAAUGAAAUAAUUUUAGAAAAUAUAAAAUUUUCAUUCUGAUUUACAUAUGUACUUACAAAGUUAUUCGAUCAAAAAAUUUUGUAAC